GAAACGCAUUGCAGACUUGAAGGCGAUCUGAAAGGCUCCUAACAAAAUGAAACUUCUCGUUGUAUUUGCGAUGUGCAUGCUCGCCGCCAGCGCGGGCGUCGUUGAACUAUCCGCGGACAGUUCUAACCAAGACCUCGAGGAGAAACUGUACAACAGCAUCCUCACCGGCGACUACGACAGUGCUGUCCGUCAGAGCUUGGAAUACGAGAGCCAAGGCAAGGGCUCCGUCAUCCAGAAUGUAGUCGACAACCUGAUCAUUGACAAGAGACGGAACACCAUGGAGUACUGCUACAAGCUGUGGGUCGGCAACGGACAGGAUAUUGUCAAAAAGUACUUCCCAUUAAGCUUUACACUCAUCAUGGCCGGAAACUAUGUCAAGCUCAUUUACAGAAACUACAACCUCGCUCUGAAGCUCGGUUCCACAACCAAUCCCUCGAAUGAGAGAAUUGCCUACGGCGAUGGUAUUGACAAGCACACUGAACUCGUCAGUUGGAAGUUCAUUACUUUGUGGGAGAACAACAGAGUGUACUUCAAGGUCCACAACACUAAGUACAACCAGUACUUGAAGAUGAGUACGACGACUUGCAACUGCAACAGUCGCGACCAUGUUGUAUACGGCGGCAACAGCGCUGACAGCACCAGGGAGCAAUGGUUCCUCCAACCCGCCAAGUACGAAAACGACGUCCUGUUCUUCAUCUACAAUCGCCAAUUCAACGAUGCCUUGGAGCUCGGUACGAUCGUGAACGCCUCAGGAGACCGCAAGGCCGUUGGACACGACGGUGAAGUCGCCGGUCUUCCUGACAUCUACUCGUGGUUCAUUACACCUUUCUAAACGACCAGAGGCACUGUUAUAUGUUCAUGAAUAAUGUAAUAAACGAGCAUUCUUAAACUU